ACUACUAGGCCAUUCACAGUUCCAAUAAACUACUCCCUCUCUUCCAAUUAUGUUUCACCACGUAGCCAUAAUCUGUUACACUGGCUUGUGCUACAAGGUUUCACCUCUACGUAUAACUAUAAAUAUGGGCACAAUGGAUGGUCAUAUAAUGAGUGAGAACACUAAUUAAUACCCAUAUCAAUCAGUUCAGUCCAAGGGUGAAAUAUAAAAUUGAUAUGGGAUCAAAUACUACAAUUCAGUUGUAUGGAUUUUCUUGUUUUGAUCAGAUCAAUGAUGAAGCAAUAGUCAAGAAGUUUUUGGAGAAAUAUAGUGGAGAAGGAACUGUAUGUGGUGUUGAGAUCGGUCAGUCAAGGGCACAUAAUGCCGCUCAUGCAAAUGUUCACUUCACUGACUUUGCAAGUGCUGAAAAAAUAUUGUCCAUGGCAAAUGAUCGCGAAUUAUGGUAUGGUAAUUCGUGUCUCAAAGCUUGGGAGCUGAACAGAGAAAACGUUUCGAAGCCGAAAGCUGUGUUGUGGAACAUGGAUCAGAACAUAAUAAUGUACUUUGGAUGUCAGGUUUCAAAGGAAAUGUUCUCUGUUCUGUGGAAAACAAAGAAUGUGAGUAUGAAAUUCAGAACAAGACUGCGAAAGAUGAGCCUCUACUUCUAUUUUGUUUAUUCUUCUGUUGAGUAUAAGCUUGAGCUCUCUCAUAAAAGUAUAUGGCAAAUUGAGUUGCACCGCCCAUUGGGACAAACCACAAUGUUUCUUGUCCUUCAGUUACUUGGUGCCCCUCGAAUUUAUAAGAGAGAAGAGUCUGUUUUAAACAACUUUAAGGACAGGUCUGGUAGCAGCUGGAUAAGGGAUGUUGAUUUCACUGAAUCAGGCUGCAUUGGGCAAUCAUCUGCCAUAUGCUUGGAAAUCCCAACCACUGCUCAUCUUCCGAAUUUGCGCAACAACUUCAUUUACUAUAAAGAAGAUGAAAGCCAAUUUCUUUUAAAGAAAGUUUCUCCAUUCUCUUCCAACUCUUACCUUGUUCCCAUGGUACUUCCACCUGAAGAAAUUAACUUGCCAUACAAGAUUUUGUUCAAGAUAAACUCCUUAGUUCAACAAGGAUGUCUUCCUGGAGAGACACUUGGUCUCGAGUUUUUUCAGUUAGUCGAUCCAAGUAGAAUAAAGAUUGAAUACAUAGAGUCUGCGCUUGACAAACUCUUUCAACGCAAGGAAUGCUGCUACGAGCCACUUAAAUGGAUUACUAAACAAUAUAAGAAGUACAAAAAGAGUGGAUGGAUUCCUAAAUUACAUUUAGAUAAAGAUUUAGUGUACUUACACCAGGUUCAAAUAACACCCACAAAAGUUUACUUCACUGGUCCUGAGCCUGAGGGAAAACUCUGCAAUAGCGUGUUGUGUAAUUAUCCAAAUGAUAUCGAAAACUUUCUUCGUGUCACUUUUGUUGAUGAAGACUUCGAUAAGAUGCAUUGGAAUGAUUUUUCGACGAGUCCAAGUUCUUCAAAUGAGAAAAAGUGCACAAGAGUUUAUGAUAGGAUACUUAUCAUUUUGAGAGAAGGUAUAGUUAUUGGUGAUAAGAAAUUCGAGUUUCUUGGCUUCUCAUCAAGUGAGAAACAUGAUAUGUCAGCUUUGAUGUUUGCUUCGAGAGAAGGGCUUAGUGCAGAAGAUAUCAAGAAUUGGAUGCUCGGUGUGUUGUUAACAAAAUAG